AUGGUUGCAACGUUUUCGCCGCAUCGUGAUGCGGGCGGCACACUGCAUCUGCCUUCACACACCGGGAUUCAUCAUGUUGAUGCUAGCUCAGCCAUUCGACAACUCCGCCGGUCACUAUCGCGUUCACCCUCUAAGAGCUCCAACUUCUCACUUCUCGCGACCAGAAACCACUCACCGUCGAAAACCUCGCCAUAUGUAUCCUCCCCACUGUCACCUUCGCGACGAUCUUCACAGGGCAAUUUCGUGCUCUUCCCUAGCUCCUCACACCAAUCACCAUUCGCACUGCCAUAUCCGUCUAGUGGUAAAAUAACCAGACCUGCCGUGCGCCGUGUACGCACCUCACCCAGGAGUCCCGUAAAACGCGCCCUCAACCUCUCUGUGGAUCAGGGAAAUGCGAAGCCCGUGCAGCCAAUCUUAACAACACCCGGCGUUGAGAAUUCUCCCGUAACCCCAGACAUAAACGUCCCUUCGGACGAUAAUGCUAGUGGGAGCGGCUGUUCUCCGAACUCGCCCUCUGGCGCAGAAGCUCCUGCACCUCGUCCGACGCUAUCCAGAAUUGAAAAGCGACGUAGUGGGACUUUUGGCUCAUAUGCAACUGUUAGCCCACUAAAACGCAGUGACGGGAUCAUGAACCUAGAUCGGGCAUCUCGAGGAAGCCCGUCAGCCAAGAGGCGCAGUGUGCACGCGGUGAACCUUUCGAGCGAGUUUAAUAUAUUUGAUAGCGAGGCCGGCCCAACUACCGUUGAAGAGCCAACGUGCGAGGUAUCGUCCGAAAGUGAGACGCCAUUAUUCCCCACCAACAUCACCCCGUUCAGUCCUUUUGCUACAAUACCCAAACGCUCAUCUUCUUUGCGACGAUCUACUCUUCAGCAACGCCAAAGUGAUCGUUCCUUGUUCUCCCGAGCAAGGGCCGUCGCUGAGCCGCCUGAUGUUUUAAGCACUCCUGCAAGUCCAUGUCCACGAUUGCCUUUGGAUGGCGGUCUCUUUCAGUCUGAUCGAGAUAACUUGUUUUCUCCACGACCUGUACCAGGCAGUCCGUUAUUUUCGUCGGCCGGGAAUACUGCUGGCCAGAAUCGCUCUGCUGUCCACCCGCUUUCUAGGACUAUCACGCAAUCUUCGUCCAGCUCCAGUCUAGUGGAGGACUCGCCGACCCAUGAACCAGUCCAUAAAGCUGAUCACCCAAGAGGAAUGUUCAAUUUUUCCAAGUCCCUUCCAGCUGGAGCAACUCGGCCUGCUCUUGUACGCCAACUUACCCGCGAAGACUCGACCUCAUCCAUAGAUUCUUUUGCAACCCCAGAGAAUUACAAACUUGUGAAGCCUCUCCCAGCGGCAUUCAUGUCCACAGGUCUGAUCUCCAAGAAGAAUCGUAAUGCCGAGGACCCCCAAAACAUGUUGGGUUUCAACAAGAACAUGCCUGAUACGCCGUGCAAACGGCCCAUCAACUUGUUCCCUAGCGGGCAAAAGGCGCCGCCAGAACGGUCCCUGGGUUUCUCAACAUCCUCUCGCCAAUCCGACACAGUGCCUCACUCCCCAUCUAACCCACCUAGUACACGUCCAAAACCGGGCCCUUUCGCACGUGGCAUGGGUAUCUUCGGGAACACCUUUAAUAAACAAGGGCCCUCCCGUCGUGGUAGUUUUGUGAGUGUGGAUGGCGACGAAGUUCAAUUACAAUCACCAUCUGGACCGCGGGAUAGUCAGCCUUUGAGUGAAUACGACUUGCCACCAACACCAACGAAGCAAACGUUUUUCCCGUCUCGAACCUAUCCCCCCGCUACUUCACAGAUCGCUUCGCUCGAAAGAUUAUCCGAAGCUAGAGGAGCAAAUUCAAGCCCAUUGCACGAAAGGUUCCUGCGGGGGUCACCGCGCACGCCUCAGGAUAACCUGUUCCCUCCUGAUCCUAGCGGCCUGUCGAUUUCCAAUGACCAGCAAGCGAUCAGGCCUGAUUUCAGCGCUGUUAACCUACCGGCCACUCCCACUGGUCCGCGUGAUUCUUUAUUACUGUCAGGGAAGCGCCCUAGUCUCCCACUGAACGGUUACGCCCCAGAUGUGGAUCCGAGUUUGACAUCGCGCUUCGACAGAGUUGAGCUUGUUGGUACUGGUGAAUUCUCCCAGGUAUACCGUGUAUCUGAACCCCACAAUACGUCAUUGUCGUCAAUCUUCUCACGCAGCCCGAAGUCGCCUAAGAUCUUGCCCGAGAAGGUAUGGGCUGUUAAAAAAGCGAAACAGCCAUAUUCUGGACUGAAGGACCGUGAGCGUCGGAUGCGUGAAGUAGAUGUGCUGAAGGCUUUGACUAACUCGGAUCAUGUUAUUUCUUUCAUGAACAGCUGGGAAGACAAUGGCCACCUUUAUAUUCAGACCGAGUUUUGCGAAGAAGGUAGCUUGGAUGUCUUUCUGGCCCAGGUCGGACUCAAGGCAAGAUUGGAUGAUUUCCGCAUAUGGAAAAUAUUGCUCGAGUUAUCUAUGGGUUUAAAACAUAUUCAUGACAUGGGCUUUAUUCAUUUAGAUUUAAAACCCGCCAAUAUCCUGAUCACGUUUGAAGGCGUCCUGAAAAUCGCCGACUUUGGGAUGGCGGCAUCAUGGCCGGCAGAAGAGGGAAUUGAAGGUGAGGGGGAUCGUGAGUAUAUUGGCCCGGAGAUCCUAAUGGGCCGCUAUGAUAAACCUGCGGACAUAUUCUCCUUGGGUCUGAUCAUAUUUGAGAUCGCUGGGAAUGUUGAACUCCCAGACAAUGGGCUCUCAUGGCAAAAGCUGCGGAAUGGGGAUAUGAGCGACGUUCCUAGUUUGACUUGGAGUGCAGAAACCAGUAUUUUCCGCGAUGCAUCUGGGAAUCCAAUCUCAGAAGAGCCAUCAUUUGAGGAGUUGUGCACAUCGGACUUUGGGGAUGAUACAUUUGGUGAAGACAGUUUCCUGGGAAGUCGCAGGUCCAUUGAACGGAAAGCAGUGCAACUCGCUCGUACUAGCGAGCUCCAUGACCCUCCAAGCUUUAUGGUUGACGCCGGUCAUGAACAAGCCUUGGAUAAAAUCGUGCGAUGGAUGAUCUCGCCGGAACCAUUUGAUCGGCCUACAGCCGAUCAGGUUUUGGAGGUUUACGGUGUCCAGUUUGUCGCUCAUCGUCGGCGUGCUGGGGCUACAAUUUACGAAGGCAAUUGGGGUCCCGCCGACGAAAUGCUAGCAGAGGAUGCCGAAAUGAUUGAUGUUUAA